GUGACUCUAUGAUUCUAAUACCUAGUCCAGGAGCAGUCAAGCUACCCAGGUGACCUGGGCAGAGGAGCAGAGCAUGAUCUUGGCUGUGAUGUUGGCCAGCCUGUUCAUUUAGCAUAUUCCUAUCAAAUAAUCCAUUUCCUUACCAUGCCACCAAAGUCUAGGGUAGUGGAGACCCAGGAACUUCCCAGGGAUCCUCUCCAAACAGAACAGAUAGUCAUUACUGCAUUUCCCUACAAGCCUUCUAAGACCCUACUGAACUUCCUGAAGGGGGAGCCGAAGAUGAUGGGGGUUUUCCAGAUUUUCCUGGGUCUUAUUAUCACUGCCAUGGGGUACAUUUUAUGGCACAGUGUCAACAGACUUCAUCUUCAAAAUAACCAGCCUAUUAUCUUUCUCACGGGGUAUCCAUUCUGGGCAGGAGCAUGUUACGUUAUUACAGGAUACUUCACAAUUCUUAAUGAAGUAAAAUAUCCUCGCUGGAUGCACUUCAGUCUAUACUUGGGCGUGGUGACCACCCUAGUGGCUGCAGCAGGGAUUGCUAUCAUUCUUUACAGCUUCCAUGAAGACAACUAUUUCCAUUGCCGGACUCCCACCAAGUCUGGCAUAUGUGCUAUUGGGAGAACACUCUUUCUAGGAGUGCUGGCUCUGAUACUUUUCCUCACUAUUGCUGAACUGUGCAUCACGGUGACAGUCUUAGCCUUUAAAAGAAAUGUGAUAUGGAGAAACGCCAAAGAGGUUGUAUUUUUCCUGCCUUCUGAAAGCAAGGACCUUGAACAUCAUGAAGAUGAAAGAAAGUUCCAGUUCCAGAUUCAGGCAAACCCUGCUGGCCAAAAUGAGAAGGAGUUCUCUGUCUCCUUAAUUGGGGAUUAUACUUACUAAAGCCCUGUAGCCCUUCUGCCCUUCCCUUUUAUACUUCCCCUGUCUCAUUCUCCUCUUUCUCCUUUCUUUUUUCCUCCUCCCCCUGCCCCAAAUUAGAGGAAGAAUCCAGAGAAAGUCUCUUUCUACAAAUUAAAUUCACUUGGAGAAUUUACAAAAGUUCCCCCUUCCUACAACAGAAAUUCACCCACAGAAUCCAUUCUAAGUCACCUUUCUUCAGGUCAAUUUCAACAAGAUGAUGCACAUGUAUUCCCUGUUUCUUUGUUCCAAAAUCACUGAAAGAAUGUAAUAUGAAGUUCUACCACCUUCUGGCCCAAAUUCACCAAGAGAAUUCUUCUGAGGUCUCACUUUUCUCCAGUUCAAAGAGAGAAGCUUUUCCAAUUCCAGCUUUCUCCAGGUCAAGGAGAGAAUCCUUAGAUUUCUUCCUUAGGUUCUUCCAACUCAAGGUCAUUGAGAGUAUUCACUAAUGUCCUUCUCUCCCUACCUUUCCUCUUAACCAAGUUCAUGGAUAGAACACUCAAGUUCCUCCAGCAUUAUACUCUAAAGACACCAAGCCACACAGCAUAGAAAAAUAUAUUUUAACCAUUUCAGUUUGAUGUCAUUCACAGCAAUACCCAGAUUUAGGGACUAGGUGAAAAAAUCAUAAACCAAAAGCUAAAGGAUAUGGAGACUCCUGCCCUGAAAAAAUUGGGUCACAUUUUCUGUUGUUGGCCCAGCUUCCAAUGAAUGAAAAACCGGGGCAUUGUCUACAUAUACCUAAGUGCUAUCAAAGUGAUGAGGGUGGGCCUGGGUCCUUCCUGUGAUGAAAGGUCAACCCUGGCAAUAGAGAAAGGAAAGUCUUACUCCGUGUUUAUAAGAGAUGAUUCCAAGGAGAAAUGGAAUAGAAGGAGGACAUAGAAGAGGGUUCUGGUAUUUUGGGUGGGUUUUUAUAAGCCAUCAGUAUUUUUGUUUUGUUUUGUUUUUCUGCUUUCAAAUCCCCAAGCACCAGAAAUGGGCCAGCAUAAAAAUCAGUCUGAAAAGCUUAAGGAGUCACCCGAUGCAUUGAAAGAAUUAGCCCUUCAGAGAGGAGAACCUUCUAUGAGUAAUACACAAAGAGGAAAAUUAAACCAAGCCAAAUGAGGCUUCUCUGUUCUGAGAGGAAUGUUUUUCCUCCCAGAGUGCUUCUAACAACUCUGAAGGCCUCUUCUAUUCCCCAGCA